CAAGUCGCCGCAGAGCUGGGGAUGUGCCUGACAUCCUUGAAGAAGAUCUGCCGAGCUCAAGGGAUCCUUCGUUGGCCAUUUAGGAAGCUGAAGAGCUUAGAAAGAACCUUGAAGAAAGUUGAUGAGGACAAGAACACCAUCUCUUCAAUGACUACCGGAUGUUCACAGCCAGAAGGGUUUGAAGUAGCGAGUCAGAAUGCAAUCUCCCAAGUUCGCGCAAGAUUUUCAGCUUCUCGGACCGCGUCCUCUGAAAGCGUGACAUCAAGCUCCUCGCCGCUGGAUGAGAAUGAGGAGCAUAAUGCGGUAGAGGACGCGGCAGACUCGCAUGAGGUAUGGCCAGUAUGCAAGAUUAGCGAAGAAUCUCCAUCGCAGAUCACGAUCAGGCAUUGGAGCACCUUGUGGACUGUUCACCAUCUUCGCAAGCAUCUCUUCUCAAAGCUCGGCGGUCACUCGUUUCGCGUGUCUCCUGACGGAGUCUGUGCGUACCUGACGUUCGAGACCGCGAGCAAGGCGCUUGAAGCUCAGCUCAUCUGCGCCAACGCCUGCUCUAUUCUGAAGCGAAGCGUGAGGAAUACAGACGCGGGAGGAGAGGAGAGGAGCUUGAGGGACGACGCCGUGAUCAUGUGUAGAUGUUUCGAAGAGAGCAACCAUCGUCAGUCAGAGCAGACGACGAGACAGGCAGUGUCACAUGUUGUCAGUCACUUUGAGUUCGAGCCAAACGCUGCCAUCAUCUCACCUUCGAAUCAAGCCUUCUCUUCUUUCCUACCCGAACACAAGGUUGUGGACGAUGAUUUCUCUUCAAGGAAUUUCUACCGGUUGAGUCCACCUCCAACAUUUGGACAUCUUCUCACGGGAUUUGAAGAAUCGGAAUCUUGUCCGAAUUCUUUUCACAACCCAGAAAAUCCUCGCGGCGAAUGGGUCACCGCCAGUCACAAUGAUGUCAAGCAUGCAAGAAAUCAUCCUCUUCAUUUCAUCUGA